CUCCUGGAAAUCUUAAGAAGACCAUUCCACCUGCACGUGUGGCAUCUUCCAAUGGUGUUGAUGCUUCAGCAUUGAAACCUCGAACGCUGAUGGGGAUGGCAUCUAAAACAACUACCACAGGACUCCCAAAAAGGAUAGCACACACUCCCACUCUGCAGAGCACCACCUUGAAAAGGCCAGUUAUUCCCACAGAAUACGGUGCCAAAGUUCCCACCAACAUCCGUCAGAGGUACCUCAACCUCUUCAUCGAUGAAUGCUCGAAGGUCUGCCCCUCCCAGCAGGCAGCAUUUGACAAGGCUCUUGCUGAGGAGAAGGUGGUGUAUGAGCGCAGCACCAGCCGCAACAUCUACCUGAAUGUGGCAGUGAACACUUUGAAGAAGCUGAGGACUCUGUUGCCCAGCCCUUCUCAGGAAGUUCAGAAGUUCAGCAAUAGGAAAGUGGUUUCUCACGAAGCUAUGCUAGGAGGGAAACUGGCAGCCAGGACCAGUUAUACACUUAAUCGUUCUACAAGCUUACGGCUAGAAGAUCUGACAGGUGCUACCUUGUACCGAAGGCUCAAAGAGUAUGUGCUGACAGAGGAUGACUUGAAGGAGCAUGGCUACCCAUUACCUUGUCCCGAGAGACCUGGACGGGCUGUUGUCUUUGCUGCCGAAGAGAAGAAAUUGGCUGAUGGUUCUUGCAGGAUUUGUUGUCGUUGUGGCACAGAAUACAUGGUAUCACCUUCUGGAAAUUGUGUUCGUAAAGAAGAAUGCAUCCAUCACUGGGGAAGAUUACGCAAGCAAAGAGUGCCAGGUGGCUGGGAAACACAUUAUAGCUGUUGUUCGGGAGCUGUAGGUUCACUCGGAUGCCAAGUUGCCAAACAACAUGUCCAUGAUGGCCGGAAGGAAAGCCUGGAAGGUUUUGUGAAGACGUUUGAAAAGUUGACAAGGGCAGAUGGGCAUCCUGGCAUCUACGCCUUGGAUUGUGAAAUGUGUUACACUAAGCAAGGUUUAGAGCUGACGCGCAUCACUGUGAUCAACUCAGACCUGAGAGUGGUCUACGAUACCUUUGUCAAACCAGACUCCAAGGUUGUGGAUUACAACACUCGGUUUUCGGGUGUGACGGAGGCAGAUCUGGAAAACGCAUCAAUAACUCUUCGGGAUGUCCAGGCAGUUCUCUUGAGUAUGUUCAGCACAGACACUAUCCUGAUAGGCCACAGUUUAGAAAGUGACUUGUUUGCACUAAAGCUUAUCCACUCUAUGGUGGUGGACACAGCUGUCGUCUUCCCUCACCGCCUUGGUUUGCCUUACAAGCGGGCACUGCGUACUUUGAUGGCGGAUUACCUCAAGCGCAUCAUCCAGGAUAGUGUGGAAGGUCAUGACUCCAGUGAGGAUGCCCGAGCCUGCAUGGAGCUGAUGAUCUGGAAGAUCAAAGAAGAUGCUAAAGUGAAGCGAUGAUCCACCUGCACACUGCUGCUGCUGCUGCUGCUGCUGUUCUCCUUUGCAUUUUUGUCACAGGGCAAUAAUGAAGCCUGCAGAGACACACCUGUAGCCAACAGCAGACCCUUCCCAGACUUUUCCCCCUCUCGGCCCACAGGUGUCCCGAGGAACUGGGAGCAAGUAGCUCCUUCCGCUGGCAAAAGGACGGGCCGUGUCUGCAUGCCAGGCGUUGUAGUUGAGGCAAAACGCAUUGUGGCCCAAAGGAAGGUCAGCCAUCCCCAUGGUGGGGAAAGAUUUGGAAAUCGUCUCAUCGUAGAAGAAGAUGGGAGUGAUUUCAAGAGGCACUGAGUUCCACUAUUCCCUCUUCCUAUUUAUGGACUUUUAAAAAGCUAGCUUUAAUUUACGCUUUUUUAAUUUAAUUUUGGGGUCUGGCGAUUGGUCUUGGGCUAUACAGGAAUGACAGAGAAGACGGUCACGGACCCUGGUCUGUCAAGAUAGGAAGGCGAAGAGAUGAUGACACCAUGCUGGCUUCAGUCGAGGGAGGGAAGCUAGGAGCAGAGUUGCCCAGGUGGAAGGAGCCUGGCUGAGAGACGGUGUACAGAAACACAGGAAAAGGGAGAGAUCUGCAUUGCGGAGGAGAUCAUUGGCAGAGAAAUAAAGCUAUAUAGGAAGUUAGGGAUUUCGGCCCUAGCUCCAGCAGCCUUUUCCUGCUCAGGUCUCGACUGUAAGCGGCCAGACUCUCCCAAGUGAAAAGCUGCUACCCAACUGCAGGAGACGGUCUAGAUGGCUUGGUCUGGGCUGCUGGUGGCAUUUCAUUGAUACUACUGAGGGGGCCAAAGCUCCCCUCUGACCCUCUAUCCUUCCCUGCUCAGGAGUUAUUCAAACUAGCUGCUUCUGCCUUUGGCCUGGGGUAGGAUUUUAGCCUUUCUGGCUUGAAAGCUGUUCGGUUCUGCUUUCUGCAAACGAGGAGAAAGAGGCAGAAUCGUGUUUGGCAUUGAUCCCGUUUUCAAAGGGCUGUUACUCAAAUUAGGAGGGAGAGGUGAUGGGGGGAAAAAAUUCAUAACUUUCUCCCACUGGUUAAACUUGAAUAUUUUGUAGUAGGACCUUCCAGGGGCUUUCUCUCUCUCUCUCUCUCUCUCUCUCUCUCUCUCUCUCCAUCUCAAUGGCUUUUUGUAAUGGCCAGUUGAGCAAUUGUGUACAAAGUUUCUCGCUCUGGCCACCGAGUUGUUAAAAUAUAAAUAUGUGGAAUAAAUUCUGUUGUCCUGCGGAGAGCUCUCCCACCUGCCUCGCCUGUUUUCUCACAAGCAACGGGGAUGUGAGAGGACCCUGCUAAUACAGGGCAGGCUUUUCUGUGCCUCUCAGCAUUGGAAGCAGCCCCCCUCCCACCAGUUGUCCUCCCCCCCCCAAAAAAAUAGAUAACGGUCAUUUGCUGGGAUUGCUGUUCAGCUUUGUAAACAGCUUUUUCCACAGGCGGGCAUUAGGCAACUGGUUGUGAAGGAAGAGUGCCAGCAAUGGACAGUUCCAUUAAACAACGGCUAGUAACACAGUUCCUUUGUUUUGUCAAAGGUCUUCUCUUUCCAUCCACCUAAGAAGCCCUCUUUACUAACCUUGUUCCAAGAGUCCAAAGCCUAUUGAUGGAGGUUGUGAAAAACAUCCCUUGGGAGGGAUUUGGCUCAUUCCUCUGUAUUGUACUGUGUACCUGUGUUGGUGGCCUAGUUAGGGCUAUUGGGUGCUGUGUGAGUAGCCAGUUCUCAACAGUGACCUAUCUACUGGCCUCUAGAAGGGCUGUGGGUUUCAAGCACGUCUGCGCAAAGGCUCUGUUGGGCCUCAGCUGUCAAUUUUUACCUCAGUCUAAUCUUUUCUGACGCGACAGUCAGUGAAAAUGAGGUGCCUCACAGCAGCAGGACGCAACCCGUUGAUUGGUGGCGUAUGGAUCCUGCCUUGAUGGAAGGCAGGAAAGUACACAUUUCUCUCUUGACGGCACUGGUGCAUUUUAAGCCCCGGGCAGUUUUUGAAAGCGAGAGGUGUACAAACCUGUCAGAACAUUUCCUGGGAAAAAGUAGGCAAGGUUUUCCCCGCAGAGUAUAUCUCACUCUGAAGCCCAGCGGGAGCAUUUUUAAAAUGCCAGGGAAUUCAUGUUCCCAUUAGAGCCGGGCCAGUGUUUUUCCAACCUUGACGGCUUUAAGACUUGUGGACUUCAACUCCCAGAAUUCCCCAGUUGCCACAAGUUGAAGUCCACAAGUCUUAAAAGUAACCAAGGUUGGACAACCCUUGGUCCAGGCUGUGAAUCCUGCCUUGGGAUCUGGAUGAACACUGCCAGAGUUCCCGUAAACACACAGAGAAGCUGCACAGCUGACUGGUUUUCAGCGAACCUGUUUUAUAGAUGUGACAGAUCCAUAAAUCUGACAAAUGUAUGGGAAAAGCAGAUCUGCUAACAAUCCUUGCUUUGGUACUUUAAAAGAUGGUGGUUGAAUCCACGUCUUCUUUGCCUCAGAUAUGCAUGUGUUUACUUGGCAUAAGAGUUAAAAGUAAUGGUUUAAGGAAAGGGAGACCCUGGGGGUGAGUGGAUGAUCUAUUUAACCAAAGGAACGUCUUUGCACUACAAGCUUGUACCAGGAUUAAUACCGAUUCAUCCAUCAUUAUUAGAGAGCUCAGAAGCUCCCUAACCUCCAAGAAUGGAAGUUCCCUUGACACUAACAUGAUGGUUAAUCUCCUUCUCUCCACCCCUUUUCUGCUAUCAUUUUGAUGUUUGCUGCUCAUCAACCCUUUGCUCUUCCUUCGCAGGCAAGGUUUGAAAUGUAGUUUAGACUUAAGAAAAACAGGACCCCCCACCCUCCACCCCAAUGCCAAUCUGGGGCUGCAACUCUUCUCUGAUUGUAACACUGUACAGUAAUAAAACUCUAGACUUUAUAUACGUACAACUGUAUACCUGUUAAUACUGUUUUGUAUUUUUUUUUUAAAUAAAGCAAAAUACGACAUCCCUA